UUUGAGCAGGUGGCUGUACAUUUCUUGGAGGAGGAGUGGGCUCUGCUUGAUCCAGUCCAAAGGACUCUGUACACAGAAGUCAUGGAGGAGAAUUGUGGGAUCCUGGCUUCUCUGGGUGAUCACAGGGAGAGCAAGAAAAAUGGCCUACACCAGAGAAGGAAAACUGAAACUGAAGAGAAGAGGGAAAACAAAUCCAUUUCUUUUGAAGGAUCAGUCGUCUGUGAAACUCCAAUACUAGAAGCAACAAGAAAAAAGAACAUUCACAACAGGAAGAACCAGAGGAAAAGCUCUUGGGAUAUAAAGACUCAGAAGGUUCAUAUUAGCGAGUGUGAAAAACAAUUCAGUUUCAACACACAACUUAAGUUGUAUCAAAGAGUUCAUACUGGGGAGAAGCCCUAUGAAAGCUUAGGGUGCGGAAAGAGCUUUGCUCAGGGUUCAAAACUUAAGCGGCAUCAAAGAACUCACACUGGUGAGAAGCCCUAUAAAUGCUUAGAGUGUGGAAAGAGCUUUGCAUUCAGCACAAGCCUUAAGCAGCAUCAAAGGAUUCACACUGGGGAGAAGCCCUAUAAAUGCGUAGAGUGUGGAGAGAGCUUUGCUCGGAGCACGACCCUUAAGCAGCAUCAAAGAAUUCACACUGGGGAUAAGCCCUAUAAAUGCUCAGAGUGUGGAAAGAGCUUUGUUCAAAGCACUAACCUUAAGCAGCAUAAAAGAACUCACACUGGGGAGAAGCCCUAUAAAUGCCUAGAAUGCGGGAAGAGCUUUGCUCACAGCUUCAGCCUUAAGCUGCAUCAAGAAAUUCACUCUGGGGAGAAGCCCUAUGAAUGCUUAGAAUGCGGGAAAAGCUUUGUUCUGAGCUCAAACCUUAAGCGGCAUCAAAGAAUUCACACUGGGGAGAAGCCCUAUAAAUGCUUAGAGUGUGGAAAGAGCUUUGUUCAAAGCACUAACCUUAAGCAGCAUCAAAGAAUUCACACUGGGGAGAAGCCCUAUAAAUGCUUAGAAUGCAGGAAAAGCUUUGUUCUGAGCUCAAACCUUAAACGGCAUCAAAGAAUUCACACUGGGGAGAAGCCCUAUAAAUGCUUAGAGUGUGGAAAGAGCUUUGCUCAAAGCACUAACCUUAAGCAGCAUCAAAGAAUUCACAGCUGCUUCCGAGCAGCUCCCCUCUGUCACCGGUAAUAAUGCUAAAGAAUUUCCCGGAGGAACUGAAGGGCAGAUUAAGUAAAUUUUUAAUGGAGAAAAAUAAAAUGAGAUUAAAGGAUUGGUUGAGAGAAAUGAAUACAAGAGAAGACAUGGAAGAGGUUUUAAAAGAAAAAAAAAUAACUUGGUUAGAGUAUAGGCAAUUAGAACAGUGGACUAAAAAGUGGGUAAUAGAAAAUAGAGAUGGUAGAGAAUUGACGAAGUUUGAGGAACUAAUAGUUAAAAGAGAAAAAUGUAAGGUAGAAAGCUUAGCGUUAAAAGGGUUAAUGAGUGAAAUAUAUAAAAUAUUGUUGGAGAAAGGGUUAAUGGACAGUUCAGGAAAAAUGGUAUGGGAGAUAGAUUUGAAAGUACAAAUAGGACAACAGAGCUGGGGGGGACUAUGGAAACAAAGAGUGUUGAGAAAUAUGUCAGUGAGAAUAAAAGAGAAUUAUUUCAAAAUUAUGUGGAGGUGGUACCUAACUCCGAUUAGAUUGAACAAGAUAAAUAAUCAGCAUUCAGCAAACUGUUGGAGAGGUUGUGAGGAAAAAGGAACGUACUUACAUAUGUGGUGGGAAUGCAAAUAUGUACAAAGAUUGUGGAAGAUGGUGUUUUUGGAGAUUGAAGAAAUUGUGGGAAUCAAGAUAGAACGAACACCAAAAGUUGCAUUACUGUCACUACUUGAAGAUUUAAAAUGUAAAAAAGAAAUUAAGGAAUUGAUAACGAAUUUGCUGACUGCAGCAAGAUUGAUAGUAGCUAGGAACUGGAAAAUUCAAGGGGAUUAUUGUAUUGAAGAAUGGUAUAAAGAAGUAUGGGAUAUAGCUAUUAAUG